UAAUUUUUAUAAUUGCUUUGAUAACGGAGUGCUAUAAUAUCAACUGAUAAUUACGAUAUAUUAUCUACGAUGUUCUUAACAUAAUAUGUUCAAGGACCAGUAAACAAAGGAGAAUUACAUAAUAGAUAAAACAGCGUAUAGCAGGAAGAAGUCAGAUGAUAUAUUCUUUGUUCGGACGCUCAUUUAAUAGGUGUAUGUCAUCAUUACUACUUGUGGUUACAAGAUCAUUUAAUCCGGGGAAAUAAAGCACAUUAUCUGAUAAUGAAUCUCGAUAACAGGCCUUGAAUCAUUUAAAUCGAAGUAAACGCGAUAACAUACCAGUAUUCUGAUAUCCGUCGAUGUAACAAGAGAGGGAAAAGUCCGAGAAGUCCUCUAUUAGAUAAUUGCACGUGUAUUCAUAUAUACGUGUGUCUGUGUGUGUAUAUAUAUAUAUAUAUAUCUUUUGCAGUGUGAACGGGAACUUAUUGUGCAAUUUCUAGCGCUUGUGCAACAUUACAUGAUAACGUUUAUUACAUUCAACAUGCAAAUUAUAAUCCCGAUUGUUAUUACUGUAUGGAUUUAUUUUUGGUUUAUAAAAAAGCGGCUUUCGCAUUACCUGGGAUUAGACAUACAAUUUGUCCUAAAACGAUGGUGGGCUCUUUGGUGCAUCUCGAAGAAGAAGAGAACAGUUAGAAAGACAAGUAAGCAUAACGAAGCACUAUUUUAUAUAAAAAAAAUCUUGCAACCACAUUCGGAUGAAUCAAAAACUAUUAUAGAUGAAAAUAGUUGCGAUAGCCUGUCCUUUUAUGGUGCCGAUCAAAAAGGUAAUUCGUUAUUUGUUAAAAUAAAUCACAGAGGGUAUCGUACAGCGGAAUUGAUGCUGCAAGUGAUCUUGUCGGACGGUCAAGUCUACGUGCCACUCGAUUAUCCUGACACACUUGCGACAGAAAAUACUGGUCAAAAAUGGUCAGCGUCGGGUUUAAAAAUUGAGACGUUGGAACCGCGACAACGUUGGAGAAUUACCUACAACGGUCUUCUCCGGAACCAGUGUCAAGGAGACACGUCCAAUGACGACAAUGUGGAACACAUUCGUUUAAAUUUUAUAUUUAUUGGCAAGCCCCGAUUGUUAAAAUGGCCGGAUGAUUGGAGUACGUAUUUGCAUGCGGACGCUUUAGCACGUGAACCAUGGAGGAGCCCUGAUUGGAAGCACAAAAUCAAAUUGAUAGAUUACACGGGUUUUGAUCUAUGGGGGUCCAUUAUCGGGCAGAUUACGUUCAAAGAUUCAAGUGCAAAUGCGUUGUAUUUGCGAGGACUUUGUCAGCGUCGUUGGGGCAAGCACGAAUCUUAUCAAUUUCAUCGAACCGUCACACUUUUUGGUGUGACAAAACAUGGAGCAAUGUAUCAUCUUGGUGUGAGCAAUACCAAAUAUAGCUUUUCGCACAUGCAGUUUGGAAAUCUUGAAGCAGCAUCAGGAAGCAUAAGCAAAAUUGAUUGGAUGGAUCUGAAAUUGAGCGAUUUUGAAAAAGAAGACAUAAACCGCUGUGCUCCUAUGAACUACAAAAUUGCAUUUACAGCGGCUGGGAAACAAUACAAUGCUGUUAUCAAUUAUCCAGUGGGAAAUGCAAUAACUUGUUACAACGGCCAACCAUGGUGUUGGACUUAUACAACUCGUAAUUUGCGUGUCGAACUAAACGGUAGCACAGGUGUCGGAUUAAUGAUUAUACAUUGUCCGUACUCUGGACCGAAGCAAAUCAAGACUCCAAUCGCGAGAAUUCAACCUCUAACGCGACCCGAUACAUUUGCGCAAAAAGAUAAAUACAUUUUGCAUUUUGAUGAUAAGCAAUGUCAAAAUGAAAGCGUCGUCGGGGGAAAGGGAUAUUCUCUUGCCAUUCUGACAACUACUGUCGCUGAUGAUUUUGUGGUACCUCAAGGUUUCUGCGUAACGAGUUUUGCUCUGGAACGACAAUUGCAGCAUCACAAACAAUUACAAGACGCAAUUGCUGAUAUAAUGAACGUUACAUUGGAAAAAAAAGAAGACUUUGAGAGUUAUUGUCAAAAGGCGAUGUCCAGCAUUAAGAAUACUCCUGUCGAGGAAGAAAUUGCGAAGGCGAUAUUACAAGGUUUAGAGAAAUUGGAAUCGUCUGUAAAUGAAAAAGAUACACAUGAUCGGCGUUACGCCGUAAGAUCCAGCGCGAUUGGAGAAGACAGCGACGAAACUUCAGCUGCUGGUCAAAACUCGACGUAUUUAGGCGUGAAAGAUGCGAAUGAUGUUAUUAAAUGUGUUGCCAAAUGUUGGGCAAGUAUGUUCUCGUAUCGAAGUAUCGAAUACAGGCGACAAAACGGACUACCUCUAAAAUCCAUGGCUGUUUGUAUUCAGAAAAUGGUUAACGCCGAAGCGGCCGGUGUCAUGUUCACUAGACAUCCCACGACUGGAGAUUCAUCCAGCAUUGUUAUUACAGCCAAUUACGGUUUAGGAGAAACGGUAGUAUCGGGGACAGUCGAACCGGAUACUUUGACGAUUCAUAGAAAAUGGGACGACACUUUGAGUAUAGGAGCGUUGACAGUAGGAAAUAAAGAGCAGAAGAUCUCACUGAACGACGAUGGCGUAAUUACUAGUACUUUAAGUGAACAGGAAAUUAAGAACAUUUCGAUAUCCGAUACAACAGCUCUACGAUUAGCUAAAAUAGGGUUGCGCUUGGAAUCGCUUUUUGGAUCUGCACGAGAUAUAGAAUGGGCGGUUGUCGGUGAAGAGAUCUAUCUGCUGCAAGCACGACCCAUUACAACCAUUAAUGCAUGGACAGAUUUUGAAUUAAUGCACGAGUUAGACUCAGGGGUGCCUUGCGACGUCGACGUAAUGACUUUUGCCAAUGUCGAAGAAGUGCUUCCUUAUCCCAUUAGUCCUCUGUCAAUCUCCACGUUUGUAAAAGUUUUGAAUAUAUCGGUUGCUUCGAAAUUCAAUAAAUUUGAAAGCGCUUACCUUCACGUGAUUGGUAUGAGAUGUGCGUUAAAUUAUAUGGAAACAACUUUACAAGAUAUUAAUAAAGAAAUAACGUUGUCGAAUAAAAUAAUAGAUCUAGCUAUAUCCGGACGUGUAAUAGUGACGCCUGAAGUACAUGAGGUAGCAAUAAGAAAGUACGGUAUUAUGAACAGAUGGAAGAGCAUAUAUAUGAUAUAUGACAUGUUUAAAUCAAUGUGGACGAAUAACGCGAGGGUAAAAGAAAUGGUUGAUAUAUUAUCCAAAUAUACUCUGGAUGCUGAUGCAUUCGACAAACCUCGUGAUUUAUAUAAUAUUUUAAAUAAGAAAUACAAAGAAAUUUUUUUAAUAGGCAUUGGUCACAACUUAUCGUCUCUGGUGAGCGCAAUGUAUCAAAUGAUAGCAUUGUCGUUCUUAACAAAAGGAAGCGAUAAUUUUACAUCUGAUCAUCUUGCGGACAUUGGUAUUUUGUUGAGUUCAUGCACCAACGUUAUCAGUUCUGAAGUGCCAAUUGCCCUCAGCAAAAUAGCAGCAUGCAUCAGAAAAAGCGGCAAAGCAGAUGAGUUUAGCAAAAUCGAGCCUACAAAAGCUAUGAAUUGGUUGGAAUUAAAUUGUCCUCCGGCUAUGGAAAAAUUGAAAACUUUUUUUGAAACGCACGGUCAUAGGUGUGUUCAUGAAAUGGAUUUUAUCGCAGAACCUUGGAUACUUAAACCUGAUAGUAUCAUUAGUACUAUUCAGACACUAGCGACGUCUCUUGAAGAAAAUUAUGUGAAUAAAAUACUUAGCGUGAAGGAAACUGUAGAAUCUAUGAAGACACCCAUGUCAUCGUUUACCAAGUUCGUUCUACGGAAAAUUAUACCUUUUUGUCGAAAAGCUGUCACACUUAGAGAAACGACAAAGAGUAUAAUCGUAGCUGCUCUGCAUAAAUUGAGAUUAGCUUAUAUACGACUUGGUGCUUUGAUGGUUGCGGAGAAUUAUAUACCUGAUGAACGCCUUAUAUUUUUCCUGACACAUCAGGAGAUUGGACAACUCUUAAACGAGCAUAAUCCGUUACUCGUGCGAAGAGCGCUACGUAGAAGAAAGAUUUAUCAACAAGUAACAAAACACAAAUAUCCGGAAUUUUGUACUGGCAUGCCCAUACCAAUACAGGAGACUUUCGAUGUCUCAUCCUACAAAGAAAGUAUAAAAAUUGAGGGUACUUCGGUUUAUGGCGGUUCUGUGCUAGGCAGAGCAUGCGUAAUAACCAAUCUGUCCGAAGCAAAAAAUAUACAACACGGAGAUAUUUUGAUCACACAUUGCACUGAUAUCGGUUGGAGCCCAUAUUUUACAUUAUUAACUGGAAUCGUAACAGAAUUGGGUGGUCUUAUAAGUCAUGGUGCUGUUGUAGCAAGAGAAUAUGGUCUUCCUUGCAUUGUGGGUGCUAAAGGCGCGACUCAAUUUUUUCAAACAGGUGACACUGUAUUAUUAGCUGCAGAUGUUGGCACAUUACAAUUGAUUAAAAAAGCCUAAUUAUUCAAUGAUAUAUGAAAUAAAUUUUUAUACGAAAAGAUUUUCAUUAUUGUGCUGCGCAUAUUACAAAUAUAUCUUACAAAAAACACAAA